AUGUCGGAGGUGUCGCGCGAUAAACCUACAUACUUAGAACCUCCAAGCAAGACUACCGAGAUAGAGGACCCAGGAGCUGAAGAUGCUUGCGACACCGAAGACGAACAUUUCUCAGAUGCCAGCGAAGGCCAGGCGCCGUCACAAUUAAGCCCACACUCCCGCAGUACUUCUCCUGUCCCUCGCACGCGAGUAGAGCGGGUGGACAGCAACCCCAAGCACGGCGAAUUGCCCGGGACAGAAGCUUAUGAAAAGAGAAAACAAGAUUCAGUUCCCGAUGAAAUCGAAAUUGUACCAGAAGGCACGCGGAGCAGGAGUCAUUCUGUGGCGGGGUUGCAGGAUCAACCCUUGAUACCGGGUGACUCACCAAUCCCACAAACAAUGGUGGAAAAAGUUGAUCCUGAAUCACCCAGCUAUGGUGAGGUGCCGGGAACGGAUGCAUAUGAGAAGCGUCAGGCCGAUGCUGUUCCUGAUGUAGUGACAAAGGCGUCAACCCCCGAGAAUGAACCAUCAUCAUCUCCUGGCCAAGUUUCCCCUGGUGCCAAUAAUUCCGACCAGAUAAUCCCGGAGACUAUACUCACUAAAGUGGACACUUUACCUGCCGAAGACGACUUACUAUCCCGACCGCGAGCUCAUCGAAAGUCACCAAGCGAUGCCGAGCCAGACGUCGUGGAAACAAUCCAAGACACCCCCUUACUACAGAGCUCUCAUUCUCCAAAAGAGACACUAUCAUUAGAUGGCGCAGCUGAGCCCGAGCCCGAGCCCGAGCCCGAGCUAGUUGAAGAUGACGAUGACGAUGAUGGUUUUGGCGGUGAUGACUUUGAUGAAUUUGUUGAAGAGCAGGACGACAUGGGCGAUGAUGAUUUUGGAGAUUUUGAUGACGGCUUUCAAGAACCCAGUUCAGAGAUUACUGGGGAUGUCUACAUGGGUGGAGGCACCGUUUCUCCACGGCCUUGUGCGCCCAUCUCAGCUCCUCCACUUACCGACUUUGAGUCAUUUAAGUCCUCCUCUGAGCUAAUUAGUGCUCUUCAAGGCACACUAGACAGUCUUCUCCCUGCCUCUCGGGAUUUUGAAUCUCUUCCACCUGUGGAGUUAAUCCCAGACUCCGCAGCAAUCUUUAGUACAGAGCGUUCUCUAUCCCUCUGGUCCCAGCUAGUAGCACCACCACCCCUCCAACCCCAGAACUGGGUGAAGUCCCGUAUUCGCAGGCUCUUCCUCGUGUCACUUGGUGUACCCGUUGACCUUGACGAAAUUCUCCCCGCAUCGAAGCAGAAGAAGCUCAUCUUACCCUCCAUUAACCUCGACAGUUCAACAAGUGCCUCAACCACCUCACAAAACCAAGCUCAAAAAACUGGUGAUGUGUCCGUUGAUAACACAGGGCAGGCCCCUUCUCGUUCAAAAUCCACCCGCCGAGGUGCACUCCCGCCUCCGGAACUGGAUCUUUCGGCCGUUCGCCGCUUGUGUGCAACUACAGAUGCUGCAUUAGGAGGCUGGACUGAUGAAGAGCUGAAAUUGCAUGUACGGGAAUUAGAACAGGCUGCUCUUCGUGCUAGUACAGUAUUGGAGCACUGGCUUAAGCGGCGGGACGGCCUUCUUGGCGAGAAGGAAGCAUUUGAAGGAGUAAUUGAGAACCUUGUCAGUCAUGUGCGGCGGGUGAGGAAGUGA